ACUUUAAUGGUGUUAUUAGUUUUGCGCCGGUGUGCUAAAGUUAGCACGGUUGCGUGACCUGUAGCAGAAGUUCGACGAUGCCUCUCCUCCGGACGUGCUCGGUACCUGAAGAGUCUGAAAAGUGACACACAGAAGACCAUUUAAUUUUCUUUUUAGCCUGAAGCUCAACUCCUUCGGUCCUUUGGGAUCAUGGCUAAAGAUGUUGGUCUGAUAGAAACAAACGGAGAGUUGAAGGUUUUCAUCGAUCAAAAUCUGAGCCCUAGCAAAGGUGUCUUGUCUUUGGUUACUGUCCAGUCUACAUCUCUCCCCGUAGCCAAACAGCUACUACCCAAAACUCUUGGGCCAUCCAAUGUGAACAUUGCUGCACACAUGCAACAUGUGCCACACAUGGUGAUAGGAACCCCCCAGCGGCCGACGGUAUCCAAUACCAUUUUGGUAAACAGUCCACACACACCCAGUUCCCAGUUCCUCACUCAAAGUCAACCAUCAGAUGCCUCUCCGUGGUCAUCAGGAAAACGUGGUAAAAAGGGGGAAAAGAACGGAAAGGGAUUGAGGCAUUUCUCCAUGAAAGUGUGUGAGAAGGUUCAGAAGAAAGGAAUAACCACCUACAAUGAAGUGGCAGAUGAACUGGUUGCAGAAUUCAGCUCUGCAGACAGCCACAUGUCACCCAAUGACGCGCACGUGUAUGACCAGAAGAACAUUCGGCGGCGUGUGUACGAUGCACUUAAUGUGCUUAUGGCCAUGAACAUUAUCUCUAAAGAAAAGAAAGAAAUCAAAUGGAUUGGCCUUCCCACCAACUCGGCGCAAGAGUGCCAAAACCUUGAGGUUGAGAGACAAAGGCGGCUGGAGAGAAUUAAGCAGAAACAAUCACAGCUUCAGGAGCUCAUACUGCAGCAAAUAGCUUUUAAGAACCUGGUUCAGCGGAACAGACUGACGGAGCAGCAAGCAAACCGACCUCCGCCUCCCAACUCCAUCAUCCACCUCCCGUUCAUUAUCGUCAACACCAGCAAGAAAACUGUCAUUGACUGCAGCAUCUCCAACGACAAGUUCGAGUAUUUGUUCAAUUUCGACAGCAUGUUUGAGAUCCAUGACGACAUCGAGGUGCUGAAACGUAUGGGCAUGGCCUGCGGUCUGGAGGUGGGGAAGUGUUCUCCGGAGGAUCUGAAGGUUGCGCGUAGCCUGGUGCCCAAAGCUCUGGAGCCCUACGUGAUAGAGAUGGCAAAGGGCCCCAUCAGUAACGUCUACAUCACUGGAGGGUCCUCGGCUAAUGGAACCCGUUACCCUGCAAGCAGUGACGGCUGCACCGACGGCACCAUGGCCUCCAGCUCGAACGACUCUCACUACAGCGGGUCUCGCGUGGAGACGCCAGUGUCUUACAUGGGGGACGACGACGACGAGGACGAGUACGACGAGAACGACGACGACGACUAGCCCGCCCGCGGCGCGCCUCUCCAAUAAGCACAGUCCUUUGAAACCACCUCCGCCGCGGGAGUUUAGUCCCUUUUUUGUGUGUGUGUGUGCUUCUUCAACCUUCCCCGCCCGUUUCCCAUGCCUGUAUUUCUGUCUGGCUUUCUCAGGGGUGUAGAUGAAUAUUGAAAGAACAGAGGUGUAUGUUGCAGCCAUCUUUUUUAUGCUCCUGAAUCACGCGCAACUGCAACACAGCCUCGGGGCAGGUGUCGUCCAGGGGAACUGUAGUCUGUGGCCCGGCCACCACGCUGAAGUCUCAGUAUGUUUAAUCCACUUCUCAAUAAGCCAUCCCACUAAAGAAAAACCUCUGUAAAACCUUCUGCUGUUGGAGAAUGUAUAAUGUACUUUUUUUGGGAAUAGUUAUUCCUAUUUUUUUGCAACUACAUACGGCAGACAUGAUGAUCAAAAUGUUCCGAUGGCCAACGUGUCUGCUUUGACAUGCUGUGUCGACGCAACACCGCGGAGUCUGAAUGACCGUUGCCAUGGCAUCCCAGGAUUGGGGCUCCAUCAGAUGUGGUGACACACUUUUUUUGUGUGUUUUUGUGUUCCCUGCAAUAAUUUGAAAUAGUUUCUUAACCUCCAUUGUGUUGGGCUGGCUUCCUUCUGUUCUGUAGGCAGCUGCUUUCCCCCCCAUGUUGUUUUUUGUUUUUUUGUAUUCUGGAGUUGCGGAUUUCUCCGUCACCGCCCUGUCAACGCCUUGGUAGUGUUUACAAAAUAAUGGCACCAGCAAGGUAAAGACUUUUUAUAACCCAGGCUCCGGAUAGGUAAAUAAGCUUUGUUUGUGAAUUACGUAUAUGAAUGCUAUGGCGAGUGUAGCUUAUAGUAUCCUGUAGAGGCCAGUGGUAAAGAUAGACCGUCACCAAUUAUUGAUGUAACAACAUGCAACGUGGUUACAUAGGUCUUAUGUACUCCCUUCAAAAAUCUCCCUUUUAAAACUUAGCAACACGUGUACUGAUUUCCAAAAACCUUUUCUGUAAUCUAAUAUAAGUUUGCAAAUUAAAAUAUAGAUUGUUUUAAUAA